AUGGCAUCCUACAAUUCUGAGGAGUCAGGCCUGACAAGAGAUAACGACAUACAGGUCAUCAACAGAGAUGAACCUUACCAGCCUACAGAUGAUGAGUAUCACGAGAAUGUCGUGUCUCCUUCGUUUCCAUCAUUAGACCUCCCCACCCCCAAUGGCACCCAUAAUCACCUAUUCGAUGACCUCGACAAUAAUCAAACCAAAGAAGACGGUACCUACCCACCUUCACUUUCACCAUUGACGGAAUUUGUAAAUACUCACGGAGAUCAUAUCAUCAAUGGAGAGAAUGAAGACCGUAACGGCAAUGCCGGAAUCUUGACGAGGUUGAACACAAGCAACAACUACAUCCCACCAAUGCCGGCACUUUCGGAAUCGGUUUUGCCAACUGCCCAGCCCAGCUCUCAGCUUCCCACGAGCUACAUGCCUAAUAAUUAUGCUAAUACCAAUCGCAACCAGUUGAUGAUCACGGGUAAGAAAAAGAAGGAGGCCUCGGGCCCCAAGGUCAAACCAGCUUUUGUCAUGAAAGUUUGGUCAAUGGUCAAUGACCCAGAAAAUCAAGAGUACAUUCGGUGGAAUGAUGACGGUUUGACGUUUCAAGUCUACCAUCGCGAGGAGUUCAUGAAGAGUAUUCUCCCCAAGUACUUCAAGCAUAACAAUUUUGCAUCGUUCGUCCGUCAGCUUAACAUGUACGGUUGGCAUAAGGUUCAAGACAUCAGCAGUGGCCUGAUGGCCAAAGAAGCUAAAAAUGCCGAAGAGGUGUGGCAGUUCAAGAAUCCAUACUUCGUCAGAGGUAGAGAGGAUCUUCUUGACAAUAUCGUGCGUAAUAAGUCUGGCACGCAAGAGGAAGUCUCAGAACCCAAUAUCAAUCUUCAGCUUCUUGUUACUGAACUUGAUCAAAUCAAAAUGAAUCAGUUGGCUAUAAUCGAGGAUAUGAGGCGAAUCCGGAAAGACAAUCAAACCUUAUGGACCGAAAGUUUUGCAACCAGAGAGAAGCACCAGAAGCAAUCGCAUACCAUUGACAAGAUCAUGAAAUUUCUCGCUGCAGUUUACGGUAACUCGGCUGGAAAGAUCUUUGAGGUUGAAAAUGGCAAUUUUGAUUCGAACUACGGUGUGCCCACGCUCUACCAGGGAAACCAGCCUACUCGACCACCCUACAACAACACCGCUCCAAUCCUGAAAUCUCGUUUGAUGUUGAUGGAUCAAGAGCAUUCGGCAACUCCCUCCACCGAUGCUAGCUCGACGGCUGGACCCUCUAAGAGACCUUCGGUGGCUGGAAGCAAAGAUGGGUCUAUCGAGGAGAUUGUGAGAAACGACCAUAUCACGCCUCAUGAUCCCUCUGCCAAUGUCAACAAAAUAUACCAGCAAAUCAUGAAUCAAGAACCAGGCCUGAAUUCACCAAGACAAUACUUCCCCGAACUUCAGAGCCCAAGUAUCGGGCCUAGUACGCCAUCUCAGCAGUUUUCGCGGGUGAAUUCCGGUGAUCCCAACGGUGAUAUGUUGCUGGGUCUUGAACAAAACAUCUUCAAACAGGGCCAAGCUUUGCUGCAAGUCCAGGACUGGAUCCAGGCUUUGGCAAACAGGCAACAGCAACAACAGCAUCAAUUGCAACAGCAGAAGAGCAACAAUCUGCUGCCUGUUGCCAAUCCUGACCUCGAUGACUUUGAUGUCAACGAGUUCCUCAAUAGCUCCAACUCCGUUCCUCCGUCGCAAGAUCAGCCCGACCCGGCACUUGAUGUUGAGGAGGAUAACGACAAGAAGCGUCAUAUCGAGGAGGUUGUUGACAAUGAGCCACGUUCUAAACGUACCAGAACACGCAGCAAGCGUUAA